AGUUCUUCUUUUUUGUCUUUGAUAAGUGGUGUCUCUGUUUUUAACAAAAAAACACAUUCGACGUAACUUCUUCAGAUUGUUAACACUGUAGCUUUUAUAUAAUGGCUUUGUCUUUGGGAUACUUACAACGAGACAACAGUUUCAAGAAAGACUCAAAACAGUGUGAAACACCGAGAAUUCGUAAUAAUAACCCAGUAAACAUGUAUCUUGAUAAGACUUUAUCGUUCAAAGAUUUGGUUAAUCAGGGGAACAGUGACAAAGAAGAAAACUUCGGGGUCAAAACGAGAAGAGGUAUAAACUUGAAAGGUCCUAAGCCAGAUAACAUGAUUCUUGAGAGGAGUCUCUCGUUCACGAGCCUAGUCCAAGUGGAUCACGUAGAAGACGACGACGAAAGAGGAUCGUCUCCGAAGCGAAGGAACAGAGGAAAAAUGGGGAAUUUAACGGCGUUGAGUUUACCCGCACCGACGCCGUUUUGGUCUCCUAGGCCUUCGACGGAGCUCGACGCCGCCGCCGUUACGUUACAAAAGGUUUACAAGAGUUACCGGACACGUAGAAACCUUGCUGACUGUGCAGUGGUUGUUGAAGAGUUAUGGUGGAAAGAAUUGGAAUUGGCAGCGUCAGAACCGAACAGAACCAGUGAGAAACCGGAGUCGGCUGUAUCUAGGUGGGCAAGAGCUGGAACAAAAGCAGCCAAGGUGGGAAAAGGAUUGUUGAAAGAUGAUAAAGCACAAAAAUUAGCAUUACGACAUUGGUUAGAAGCCAUUGAUCCAAGACAUAGGUACGGGCACAAUUUACACUUGUAUUAUGAUGUUUGGUCAGCAAGUGAGAGUACUCAGCCUUUCUUCUUCUGGUUAGACAUUGGAGAUGGCAAAGAAGUACAUCUCUCCAAAUGUUCAAGAAUACUUCUUCAGCGCCAAUGCAUCACUUACCUUGGUCCGAAAGAGAGACAAGCUUACGAAGUGGUGGUUGAAAAUGGGAAACUAGUCAACAGACAAACCAAGAACUUCGUGGAGACAAUCGAAGGAACUAAAUGGAUCUUCGUGUUGAGCACGACAAGAAGACUUUACAUUGGUCAGAAACAUAAAGGUCGGUUUCAACACUCGAGUUUUCUCUCCGGCGCUGCCAUUACCGCCGCCGGUAGAAUUGUUUCAAAAGACGGAGUUGUAAAAGCUGUGUGGCCGUACAGUGGUCAUUAUCUACCGACGGAGGAGAAUUUCAGAGAAUUCAUCGGUUUCUUGAGAGAAAACAACGUGGAUCUCACUAAUGUCAAGAUGAACGCGAUUGACGACGAUAAUUAUAUGGUCACAAAAGACGGGAGCACAAAGCCGUCGAAGGUGCUGACGACGAAGAAAUCGGACGGCUCAGAUGAAAAGAAACGAUUUUCGUGUAAGUGGAGUACUGGAAAUGGUCCUAGGAUCGGGUGUGUGCGUGACUACCCAAUGGAUCUGCAGACUCGAGCGCUUGAACAAGUCAACUUGUCUCCUCGUGUGGUCAACGGAACAACUGGAUUAUAUGGCCCAAUACCUUCGCCAAGACCCAGUCCAAAGAUUCGUGUCUCUCCUACACUAUCUUGCAUGGGUCUUCCAAGCCCCAGGAACUAAUUUUCUCAUAUUUUUUUCUUCCUAGUUUAAUCAGUUUUUCUAAUAUUCCUUUUUGGUUAUUUUUUUUGUAUUCACCUAAUAUUGGGUGAUUCUUUAAUUAGAGUACAACUUGUACUCAUUUAAAGUUUAAUUUUACAUGUAUAUUUUUUGGAGGUUUCUAUAACCUUUGAUUUACUUUGUAACACUUUUUCACAUCGAUAUCAUUGUUUUCUUCAGAA